AUGUCUGAAAAUGAAAGCUUUAAACCUUAUAAGCGACCUAGCUACGGGACCAAGGGUCGUAAAGCUGUAUUUCGCAUCAACUACUUUGAAGUGAAAAAAUCUCCAAAAGACGCAAAAUGGCUCAAAUAUGCGGUCGAAAUCAAGAAGGCUUUUGUUGGAACUGAAGGUGGUUCCGAUACGCGAGCCAAUACGCGACAAGAGCCAAGACCUCUGAAAAUAGAAAUCAAGCGUAAAGCGUUUAAAGAGCUUGAAAAGAAAAAAGGAAAAGAAUUAUUUCAAAACGUUGCAUACUUUUUCGACGGCGAAAAAACGUUGUACACCAAUAAAUCCAUCAAUAUGAAAACAAACUUCUUCACUAGCUCGGUAUUACUUGAUGAUGAACAGGAUUUGAAAGGCAGGCCGGGCGAGUAUAUGGUGCAAAUUAUUGCGAUCCAAGAUCCACUCGAGCUCGAUACACUCGAUACUUACCUGCAAGCGAAAACUUUUCGUUGGGAUUUCUUCAAUAUGGAUAGUGUAACGGCGCUAAAUGAUUUGAUGCAUACAUCUCCCUCCUGCAAGUAUUUCCAAUCCAAAGAUCUGAUUUUGGACCCGAAUACUCGUAAAUCGUUAGGUGGCGGUAUGGAAUUAUGGGCAGGCUUCUUUGAGAGUGUUCGCCCUGGGCAAAAAUCGUUCUUUGUAAACGUGAAUCGUACUCAUAGUGUAUUCUAUGAGAAAAAAGAUUUGGUUAAGUUCUUGUGUGAAUUUCUCGGGCUUCGUGAUUUGCCUCAAACCUUCACUGAAGAUCAAAAAAAAAGAAUCAAUAAAGUCCUUACCGGAUUGAAAGUCAGACCACUGCAUCGACCAAACAUCAAAUGUAAACAAUCAAUUGGGCGUAUUUCUCCAAGGAAAGCAAUAGAACAUACAUUUACGCUUAGAGAUUCGGAAAAAACUACAAAUGUAAAGGAGUAUUUUAAAGAUACUUACAAUAUCGUGCUUAAAUACCCUCAUGUGAUGGAAAUUCAGUCGAGAAAUACAGAAGUUUGGCCACUUGAAUGCUGUGAACUUGUCGAGGGACAACGUGUUCAACUGAAAAAUCUUAAUGGUGAUCAACUCGCAAAUAUGAUAAAAUUCACCGCAGUUCUUCCUAAAAUUAAUAUGGAGAUAAUCUUGAAUCAAGGUGUCGACCAUGUGUUGGAUUUCGUUCAUGAUCCAAAGCUUAGGGAUUUCGGAAUAGAAGUUGACACCCAAAUGGCAGUGACUCCCGGUCGAAUUUUGGAUCCCCCAACUAUUACCUAUCAUUCGUCAUCUAAAGAUGGUGCAAAGCUCAACCCGAAUAAGAUGAAUGGAGCCUGGAAUCUUCGUGGACGAAGAUUCUUCGAAAGUGGUGCUGCGUUGAAAUCUUGGUUUGUCUUGUGCUGUAUUGACGAAAAUAUCUUACCUCGUCAAGACGGAAGAAACACCGAUAAAAAUGGAAAUUGUGUUCCUGGAACCAUUAUCGAUCAAAAGAUUACGCAUCCGUACCUUUUCGAUUUCUAUUUAUAUUCUCACUCCAGUCUUCAAGGAACAUCACGACCAGCGCAUUGCGUCGUACUAUACGAUGAAAAUAAAUUUGCUCCCGACACACUUCAAUCUUUCACUUAUAAACUCUGUUAUAACUAUCAGCGUGCAACCCGAUCAGUUUCUAUUCCCCCUCCAGUAUACUAUGCGCACUUGUCCGCCAAACACGCACGUACCCAUGUAACUGAAGAAAGAGACGGCGCUUUUAGACUUCGACCAGUGCUUCCACUGCUUGAGCGGGAGUAUCCAAUGUAUUUCAUGUGA